AUGCAACCUCCUCCUAGUUCUUCUGUUCCCUCAAACAAGGUUUGCAAACUCGGCCAUGCUUUAUAUGGUUUGAAACAAGCUCCACGUGCCUGGUUUGCCAAGUUCAGCUCUACCAUUCGUGACUUUGGUUUUUCUUCCAGUGCCCAUGAUUCUGCCUUGUUUAUCCGUAAGACGGAGCGCGGUACUAUUCUCCUUCUCCUCUAUGUAGAUGAUAUGAUUAUCACUGGAGAUGACACAGUGGGUAUUUCUAGUCUCAAACAGUUUCUCCAUCGCCAAUUUGAGAUGAAAGAUUUGGGUUCCCUUAGCUACUUCCUUGGCUUGGAAAUUUCUCAAGAUUCCUCUGGUUAUUUUCUUACUCAGGCCAAGUAUACUUCUGAUCUUUUGGCUCGUGCUAACCUUUCCGAUUGCAAGACUGUCACUACUCCAGUUGAUCCUCAGACUCGUCUUACACCUCUUGACGGACCCCUAUUGUCAGAUGUAACUUUAUAUCGUCAGUUAGUUGGUAGCCUUGUCUAUCUCACAGUUACUCGUCCAGAUAUUGCUUAUGCUGUUCACAUUGUCAGUCAAUUUAUGACUGCUCCUCGCUCUCCACACUAUGCUGCUCUGGUUCGCAUUUUGCGAUAUCUCAAAGGAACUUUGUUUCAUGGUCUUCACUAUUCCCCUCACUUUUCUCUACAGCUGCAUGCCUUUUCUGAUGCUGAUUGGGCAGGGGAUCCUACCGAUCGUCGUUCCACUACUGGGUUCUGCUUCUUCUUGGGCACCUCUCUCAUUUCCUGGCGUAGCAAGAAGCAAACCCUUAUUGCUCGUUCUAGUACCGAGGCUGAGUAUCGUGCUCUUGCAGACACUACUCAGGAGCUUGUGUGGCUUCGUUGGCUUCUUUCUGACAUGGGUGUUUCUCAUUCAGCUGCCACUAAUCUUUAUUGUGACAAUCAAAGUGCUAUUCAGAUUUCCCAUAACGAUGUCUUCCAUGAUCGCACCAAGCAUAUUGAGAUCGAUUGCCACUUCAUAGGAUAG